UGCAUAUACCCAGCCUGUGCGAUAUGCGUUCUGUCGAAGAUAAGUUGUUGGCGGCUAAUCUGGUCUUCACUGUGAAAUCUCUUUUCCUGGGUGAAAAACUUGCAGCUGAUCUGGGGGUGAACAAAACCCUUAUUGCAAGUGCCCCGCCUCCAGCGAACCUAACUGGAGACCACAUUUACUUAUGGGAUAUAAUUUACAGAAUGGAAGAUCUAACCAGUGAAGAAUACAAAGAGGAAAUACGAAACAAUCUGGAGGAAGGCUUCAAGUACAGACUAGACAACCACCACAGUCUCAUGUACAGAGUUCUCGGAGGGCUUCCUAUUCAGCUGAUGUGUUUUGUACCAAUGGAACCAGAGGAAGCUGAACUGGUUGUCUGGCACUUCAACCGCCGGAAGCUGAUUUUCACAGGAAAGGUGGUGCUGGUUCAGAACCUAGACGUCUAUCUUAAAGGCUGUCAGUAAUAAUCUGUACUUUUAUCUAUAAAGAAGUCAAUAUCAGAAAGUUUUAGUUUGGCAUUGAAUAAAACUUAUAUCAAUUGAAUGGUUGAACGACUCCAGCUAUCAUUGUAUGUGUUGCAGUUGUGAAUAAAGACAGAAAGGUACCCCUUGAGUAUAAAUUUUGUCAA